UUAAAGCUACGAGAAUAUUCUUCGGCCCAUCUUUUCACAACCCAUUUGUAAAAUGGGUCAAACUACGUACGGACUGCCCAUCAAAGCGCGACAACCUCAUACGGAUCGAAACUCAGUUUCAGCCCACCGCCCGAUAGUCGUCGCCGGAGUCAACGACACCCACAAGGCCGGUCGUGGUCGCGAUUGAAGAGAGCUCUGUUCUGUUAAUUUUUCCCGGCAGAGAGAUUGAACGGAAUAUUCGUUUUUGGGGGGUUUAAAUAGAGCAAGGGUUUAAGCCAUUUUCAAGCUGUGGAAAAAGGGUUUGUUAACUUCAAAUUUUGAACAAAGCUAUCAGAACGAGCUAUGGUUUUCGGUCAGGUGGUUAUUGGACCGCCGGGCUCCGGCAAGACGACCUACUGCAACGGCAUGUCUCAAUUUCUCCGGCUAAUCGGCCGGAAGGUUGCAGUGAUCAAUAUGGAUCCAGCAAACGAUUCUUUGCCAUACGAAUGUGCUGUAAACAUCGAGGAUUUAAUUAAGCUCAGUGAUGUCAUGGCCGAGCACUCGCUUGGUCCUAACGGAGGUCUUGUUUAUUGCAUGGAUUAUUUGGAGAAGAACAUCGACUGGUUAGAAUCCAAACUGAAGCCUCUUCUCAAAGAUCACUAUCUCCUCUUCGAUUUCCCUGGCCAAGUGGAACUCUUUUUCCUCCACGAAAAUGCAAAGGGAGUGAUCAUGAAACUCGUAAAGAAAUUAAAUCUCAGGUUGACAGCUGUGCACUUAGUCGAUGCACAUCUUUGCAGUGAUCCGGGGAAGUACGUGAGUGCGUUGCUCCUUUCUUUGUCAACCAUGCUACAUAUGGAGCUCCCUCAUGUCAAUGUUUUGUCGAAGAUUGAUUUGAUCGAAAGCUAUGGGAAACUAGCUUUCAACCUUGACUUCUACACGGAUGUACAAGAUUUAAACUAUUUACAACAUCAUCUUGGACAGGAUCCUCGAUAUGCAAAGUAUAGAAAGCUGACGAAGGAGCUUUGCGAGGUGAUAGAUAAUUACGGGCUUGUCAAUUUUAGUACUUUGGACAUUCAGGACAAAGAGAGUGUCGGGACUCUAGUUAAGCUAAUCGACAAGAGCAAUGGGUAUAUAUUUGCGGGCAUUGAUGCAAGUGCAGUUGAGUUCAGCAAAAUUGCAGUCGGCGCUGUUGAUUGGGAUUAUUACAGAGUUGCAGCCGUGCAGGAGAAGUACAUGAAGGACGAAGACGAGGAUUUUGAUGACAAGUGAGAUGGAGUUUAUAAUGAGGAUUGUUUUUAAUUCUUGAUUAGUUUUUUUUUUUUUUUUUGUUUAAUUAAUUUUAUCGUUUCUAAAGAGUUUCUUGAUUAACUAUUUACCAUGAAUGUGUGGACCCAGGAUUGUAUGAUAUGGGAGUUGUAUUGUAGACACACACACAUACACAGGUGAUCUCCCGAAAAAGGAAAAAAAAUAGUAACAAAAUUUUAAUUUUGAUUUU